GUUCAAAACCAAACAGCUGACGUUAGAUUAACGUGAUUUUCUGCAUUUCCUGCGCGCGCGCGUCGUUCCUCCGGUGUCCGCGGGGUGGCGGUGUUUCCCCGGACGCCUGUUGUUCUGCGUGCAGAAAAGCUGCAGUUUGGUGUCCGACCGAACCUCCCGCCGCCAGAGACUCUGAAACCUUUAUAGCCCCCGCCAACGGCACGCGCGCCUGUCCGUCCUCUGGGAUUUGGGUAAUCUACCGUCUGCGGGUUCGCCGCUGGGGCACAGGCGCAGGCAGCUGCUGCUUCCUGUAUUCAACUCCGGGGUCAGGAGCCGAGCCACGCGCGCGGAUCAGCCCUUCCCCGCAGACUGAAACCGGGACGAACGACAGUUUGGACGCUGUGGUGGAGUGGGCGCCGCCUUGUGGAACCUCGACAGCAGGUGACUCGUGCACGCGGGGGCGAGUCUCUGCUCCCUACGGGACUCGGACGAGUUUAGAGGGAGCUAGCAGCUAGCGGCUAAUGGCUAGCAGCAGGUAGAGAUCCGGCAGGUCCCGAACCAGAACCUCCGCGGCUCUCGGGGAACGGUUCGCCUCCGGGGCGACGGUCGCUUUGUCUGGGCUACACUGACAUGCCCCCCCGAACCGAGCCGAAAGGUAACGUUAGCCGGGACCGUCACUAGCCGCUCACGAGCUCCGAACCAGGAAGAGGUGCCGCGCGGCCGCCGUUUCUGUACAGGAAGUACCCGCGCGGGCUCGAACCCCUGAAAUGGCCCCCAAAAGGAGACCCGUUCCCCUGAACAUCACCCCCAUCGGGGAGGGCCAGGCCACGUCCAACACCAUCGACGCCGCGUCCGAAGCGAACCUGGAGGCCCUGCAGAAGAAGCUGGGCGAGAUGGACCUGGACGAGCAGCAGCGGAAGCGUCUGGAGGCCUUCCUCACCCAGAAGGCUCAGGUGGGGGAGCUGAAGGACGAGGACUUCGACCCCAUCUGUGAGCUGGGGGCGGGAAACGGGGGAGUGGUCAACAAGGUCCGACACAAGCCCUCCAGCCUGGUCAUGGCCCGCAAGUUAAUCCACCUGGAAAUCAAACCUGCGAUCAGGAACCAGAUCAUCCGGGAGCUGCAGGUGCUGCAUGAGUGUAACUCGCCGUACAUCGUGGGCUUCUACGGCGCCUUCUACAGCGACGGCGAGAUCAGCAUCUGCAUGGAGCACAUGGACGGCGGGUCUUUGGACCAGGUUCUGAAGGAAGCCCGGAGAAUCCCCGAGGAGAUUCUGGGAAAAGUCAGCAUAGCGGUGUUGAGGGGGCUGGCUUACCUGCGGGAGAAGCACCAGAUCAUGCACAGAGACGUCAAGCCCUCCAACAUCCUGGUCAACUCGCGCGGCGAGAUCAAGCUGUGCGACUUCGGCGUGAGCGGCCAGCUCAUAGACUCCAUGGCCAACUCCUUCGUCGGGACGCGCUCCUACAUGUCUCCCGAGAGACUGCAGGGCACCCACUACUCGGUUCAGUCUGACGUCUGGAGCAUGGGGCUGUCCCUGGUGGAGCUCGCCAUCGGCCGCUACCCCAUCCCCCCACCCGACGCCAAAGAGCUGGAGGCCGUCUUCGGAUGCGCCAUUCUGGACGGAGCCGAAGGAGAGCUGCACACGCAGAGGCCGAGACCCCCCGGCCGGCCUGUGAGCGGACACGGGAUGGACAGCAGACCGGCCAUGGCCAUCUUCGAGCUGCUGGACUACAUCGUCAACGAGCCCCCCCCCAAACUGCCUCAUGGCGUCUUCACCAGCGACUUCCAGGACUUCGUGACUAAAUGUUUGAUCAAGAACCCGGCGGAGAGGGCGGACCUGAAGAUGCUGAUGAGUCACACCUUCAUCAAGCGCUCAGAGGUCGACGGCGUGGACUUUGCCGGCUGGUUGUGCAAAACCAUGGGCCUGAACCAGCCGAGCACCCCCACCCGCGUUGCCGAGUGACCAGACGGAGGCAGGCCGCCGCCCACUACCUUGGGGCAACGCCCGCCCCAGGCUCCUCCUCUCUGCUCUUUGGUUGUCCUGUUCUGGCUUUCCCUCAUGUUUUCUGUCACCAGCAGCUGUUUACCUGAACCCCCUGGCUCCGCCCCCACAGUGCUGAGCAGCCAAACAGGAAGUAGAGAUCUGCCCGCCCCCCAGUCCACUGACUGAUUUUGUAUUGGUGAAUCUUUUCUAUUCACUGGUGGCUGCAAUUCAUACACUGGCUUCACAACUGGAGGCGGAAACGUUUCCGUCCGUUUCAGGAUUCCGUUAGUCCGGUCUGUUUGUGCUGCAGUCAGCUCAGGCCGUUCACCUCCUGCUCCUCCUCCUGCUCCCCCCUGCAGGGAGCUUGUCCCCUGCGGUAAACCAGGACCCCGGCGUGGCGUUCUCUCCAGAAAUGACUGUGAGAGCAGCGUCUGGCGGCCUGAUGCCGGCGGGGGUCGUCGGACCUGCAGCCUCCUGAGGACCUCCUCCUGACAGGACGUCUUCUCCUCUCACCUCCUCUGCUCCUCGUUUCUUGUCCUGCUGCGGCGGCGCUCCCGGAGCGGCCCGCCCCGCUGACCCCGCCCCCUGGGACCGUGCGGUUCUCCUGCUCGAGCUCUGGUGUUCUGCUUUGGCUGCUCCCGGUCCUGACGUGCAGACGGUGCGUGUGCACGUAGAGAUAACCAAACCCAGUCUUAAUGUGUCCUCUGAUCUGUGACGACAGUCGGUUUCUCAUCAGAUGUUGGAUUUGCUUCUAAUGUACAAAAGAUUCAAAUAAAUUCUUUGUCAUGCUCGC